CAACGGAGAGUUUUUAUCCGUGGGUUUCUGCCGUUGGUUCUCCUUCUCCUCCUCUCUUGUCUCUCUGCAGGGUCUCUGUCCGCUCACCGAGCUUCAUCUGACGGCUUCAGCUCAGCGAUCUUCUUCUUCCGCUGAAUAAAACUCCCAACUGACAAAAUGGCCACCAGAGGAACCGUUAAACCCAGUGGAAACUUCAACGCCAGUGCAGAUGCUGAGGUCCUGUACAAGGCCAUGAAGGGGCUGGGGACCGAUGAGGAUUCCAUCUUGCAGCUGCUGGUGGCUCGCAGCAACGCCCAGAGGCAGGAGAUCAAGACCGCCUACAAGACUCUGUUUGGAAAGGAUCUGGUAGAUGACCUGAAGGGAGAGCUGGGUGGCAAAUUUGAAACCCUGAUCGUGGCUCUGAUGACCCCACCCCUCGCUUAUGAUGUGACAUCACUCCGCAAUGCCAUCAAGGGGGCAGGAACAGACGAGAAGGUCCUGGUGGAGAUCCUCUCCUCCAGAACACCACAGCAGGUGAAGGAGAUCGUCGCUGCUUAUAGACAGGAGUACGAUGACGACCUGGAGGAGGAUGUAUGUGGUGACACUUCAGGUCACUUCAAGAGACUCCUGGUUAUUCUGCUGCAGGCGAACAGGCAGAGGGGGGUCCAGGAGGGAAACAUUGAGAGUGACGCUCAGGCCCUCUUCAAAGCAGGAGAGCAGAAGUUUGGCACUGAUGAACAAUUGUUCGUCACCGUCCUGGGAAACCGCAGUCCAGAGCAUCUUAGGAGAGUAUUUGAUGCUUACAUGAAGAUGACUGGAUACGAGAUGGAGGAGAGCAUCAAAAGGGAAACAUCUGGAAGCCUGAAGGAUCUGCUGCUGGCCGUUGUGAAGUGUGCCAGGAGCGUUCCAGCCUAUUUUGCUGAGACGCUGUACUAUGCAAUGAAGGGUGUAGGAACUGACGAUGACACCCUGAUCAGAGUGAUGGUGAGUCGCAGUGAGGUGGACUUGAUGGACAUCAGAACUGAGUUCAGGAGGAUGUUCGCCUGCUCUCUGUUUUCCAUGAUCAAGGGAGACACCGGUGGCGACUUCAGAAAGACCCUACUGUUGCUCUGCGGUGGAGAUGAUGCGUAACCAUGGCAACAAGCAAUAAAAUAGGAACUACACCUGAAGUGCUUCCUCUCUAAGUCGGCCUGUUUUUCUUUUUUUUUUUUGGACAUUGGCUCUCUGAAACAGGAAGUUAACACAAAGUCAAAUCCAUCACAAUAAAAAGUUGUUGUCUGCAUGUGUCAGAGAGCGAAAGAGAGAGAGACGCCCCAGUCAGGUCUUUUUUAAACUAUGACUCCAAAUAAUGUCUUUGAAAGGUAGCUAACAUUUUGUUCACGUCCACAUUAAUCGAUGCAGCUUUUGGUCCACUAACAUCUUCAAUCUGACUAAUGUUAUGUUAUUCAUUUGUAUUACCCAAGACUGCAGUUGUUUUGUUUGCACUUUGAACGGCAGAAACAAUAUAUGCAAUAAUAAACAUUUCAACUGAUGAAGUACAA